AUGGCCCGCACUCAAAAGAACAAAGCCACUAUGGGACAUUUGGGCUUAUUGAAGGCUAAAUUGGCAAAACUGAAGCGAGAAUUAAUUACCCCAAAGGGAGGUGCUAGUGGUGCAGGUGAAGGCUUCGAUGUUGCAAAGACUGGAGAUGCCCGUAUUGGUUUUGUGGGUUUUCCAUCAGUGGGCAAAUCAACAUUGUUAAGCAACCUGGCAGGUGUUUAUUCAGAGGUGGCAGCAUAUGAGUUCACCACCCUAACCACUGUCCCAGGUUGCAUUAAAUACAAAGGGGCCAAAAUUCAGUUGCUUGAUCUUCCUGGUAUUAUUGAGGGAGCCAAGGAUGGCAAGGGACGAGGUAAACAAGUGAUUGCUGUGGCUCGCACCUGCUCCCUCAUCUUUAUUGUCCUAGAUGUGUUAAAGCCCCUUGGUCAGAAGAAGCUGAUUGAGAAAGAAUUAGAAGGCUUUGGCAUCAGACUGAAUAAGGUGAAAUCCCUUUGUUCUUGUUUAUUGUAA